AUGGCGAUGAUAAGCUUUUCGCUUCCAUCUCCCGCCAUACUUCCGAUUUCAUCUCGACCGUCCGUUCCAAAUCGGAUCAACGUCGCCGACCGUCUGAUCCUCCGUCAUCUCAAUGCCGGCGAUCUUCGGGGAGCGAUCUCAGCUCUCGAUCUCAUGGCUCGUGAUGGGAUCCGCCCCACCGACUCGGUCACUUUCUCCUCCCUCCUCAAGUCUUGUAUCCGAGCACGCGAUUUUCGACUCGGGAAACUCGUUCACGCCCGAUUAGUUGAGUUUAAUAUCGAGCCUGACUCGGUUCUAUACAAUUCACUCAUCAGCUUGUAUUCAAAAUCCGGAGAUUUAGCGCGAGCCGAGGAUGUGUUCGAGACUAUGGAGAGAUUUGGUAAGCGAGAUGUUGUUUCGUGGAGUGCCAUGAUGGUUUGUUUCGCUAAUAAUGGAAAGGAACUCAAUGCGAUUGAACUUUUUGUUCGGUUUCUGGAGUUGGGUUUCGUGCCAAAUGAUUAUUGUUACACGGCAGUGAUACGAGCUUGCUCGAAUUCGGAAUAUGUUUCGAUUGGGAGAGUGAUUUUAGGGUUUUUGAUGAAGACUGGGCAUUUUGAAUCCGAUGUCUGUGUAGGUUGUUCUUUGAUCGAUAUGUUUGUGAAAGGGGAGAACAAUCUAGAGAAUGCGUAUAAAGUGUUCGAUCAAAUGUCUGAGCUAAAUGUUGUUACUUGGACAUUGAUGAUAACUAGGUGUAUGCAAAUGGGGUUUCCUAGGGAAGCAAUAAGGUUUUUCUUGGACAUGGUUUUAAGCGGAUUUGAAUCAGAUAAGUUCACACUAAGCUCUGUUUUCUCUGCGUGUGCUGAGUUGGAGAAUCUUUCUUUAGGGAAGCAAUUGCAUUCUUGGGCCAUUAGGUCUGGACUCGCAGAUGAUGUUGGGUGUAGUUUAGUUGACAUGUAUGCGAAAUGCUCUGUGGAUGAUUCGUUAGAUGAUUGCAGGAAGGUGUUUGAUAGAAUACAGGAUCAUAGUGUUAUGUCGUGGACGGCAUUGAUCACAGGUUAUAUGCAGAACUGUAAUCUCGAUACAGAGGCUAUUAGUCUCUUCUGCGAAAUGAUAACGCAGGGUCGUGUCCAGCCAAAUCAUUUCACUUUCUCGAGCGCAUUCAAGGCAUGCGGAAAUCUUUCGGAUCCACGGGGAGGUAAACAGGUUCUUGCUCAUGCCUUUAAAAGAGGUCUUGCUUCGAAUAACUGUGUUGCAAACUCGGUUAUCAGCAUGUUUGUUAAAGCAGACAGGAUGGAAGACGCUCGGAGAGCGUUUGAAUCACUUUCUGAGAAGAACUUGGUCUCAUAUAACACCUUUCUUGAUGGAACCUGCAGGAACUUGGAUUUUGAGGAAGCUUUUGAGCUUUUCAAUGAGAUCACUGAGAGAGGAUUAGGUGUUAGCGCUUUCACAUUUGCUAGCUUGUUAAGUGGAGUUGCAAGUAUUGGUUCAAUUAGAAAAGGCGAGCAAAUCCAUUCACAGGUGCUUAAACUCGGGCUCUCGUGCAAUCAACCCGUCUCCAAUGCUUUGAUCUCUAUGUAUUCCAGAUGCGGAAGCAUUGACACAGCUUCCCGAGUCUUCAAUCUAAUGGAAGAUCGUAAUGUCAUCUCAUGGACUUCAAUGAUCACAGGUUUCGCAAAACAUGGAUUCGCUAAAAGGGUACUCGAAACAUUCAGCCAAAUGACAGAAGAAGGGAUGAAGCCAAACGAGGUCACUUACGUCGCAAUCUUGUCCGCAUGUAGCCAUGUUGGUUUGGUCUCCGAAGGAUGGAGACAUUUCAAAUCAAUGUAUGAAGACCACAAGAUCAAACCUAGAAUGGAGCAUUAUGCUUGUAUGGUUGAUCUUCUAUGUCGAUCCGGGCUUCUCACAGACGCAUUUGAGUUCAUUAGCACAAUGCCCUUCCAAGCUGAUGUUCUAGUGUGGCGUACGUUUCUUGGAGCUUGCAGAAUUCACAGUAACACAGAGCUUGGAGAGAUGGCUGCGAGGAAGAUCUUAGAACUUGACCCGAAUGAGCCCGCAGCUUAUAUACAACUCUCAAACAUAUACGCUAGUGCAGGGAAAUGGGAAGAAUCUGCAGAGAUGAGGAAGAAGAUGAAAGAGAGAAACUUGGUUAAAGAAGGAGGUUGCAGCUGGAUAGAAGUGGGUGAUAAGGUUCAUAAGUUCUAUGUAGGUGAUACAUCCCACCCAAAUGCUCACAGAAUAUACGACGAAUUGGACCGGUUGAUUAGAGAGAUAAGACGUUGUGGAUAUGUUCCUGAUACGGAUCUUGUUCUUCACAAGCUAGAGGAAGAGGAUGGUGAGGCAGAGAAGGAAAGAUUAUUGUUUCAGCACAGUGAGAAAGUCGCGGUUGCGUUUGGGCUUAUAAGCACUGGGAAAUCAAGACCGAUAAGGGUGUUCAAGAACUUAAGGGUCUGCGGGGAUUGCCAUAACGCGAUGAAAUAUAUAACGACGGUUUCUGGUAGAGAGAUUGUAUUGAGAGAUUUGAAUCGUUUUCAUCAUUUUAAAGAUGGGAGAUGCUCAUGUAAUGACUAUUGGUGACUUUGAGAAUUAGCAUAUGAGGCAAUUUUAUGUCUAUCUUGAAAACAAUAAAAUCCAAAUUUUAGA